CCCGCUGGCAUUUUGAUGACACGGCUGGUGUGGUGGCAGGCAGGCAGCGUCAGCAGGCAGAGGACACACUCAGAUCAACCGCUAAGCAGCACCGCGUCUCUCACACUGCCAUGGUCUCUCCGAGCGAAAAAUACACCGAUAGCGCUUCCUUUUUUCUACCAGGAGUGAAACUUUAACCCCCCCCAAAAAAACAAAGCCAUGCUGCUGGACGCUACAAGCCCGCGGACAUAAGCGACACUGAAGAUCUGAAAGUAGCCACCACCACACGGAAACCACAAAGAAGAACCAGUCGCCGCUUUUCUUCACGGUCGAAAGGAAAGACGGCAUCCGGCCUGAGAAGAAGCUCCGAGGUCGGGGACUCCGGUCGGAGCAACGCUCAUCGUUUCUGGCCUCCCCUUCCCGAGAGCUCCAUGGAGAAGAUGAAGCGGUUCAAGCGACGUCUCUCUCAGACCCUACGAGGUAGCCACACCAUCGACGAGUCGUUGUCUGAGCUGGCAGAGCAGAUGACUGUCGAGGAGAACGGCCUGAAGGACAGCGAGCCCAUAGUGCGAAAUGGUCGUCCUCCUUCGGCCCACAGCGUCCACUCCUUCCUCCAUCAGUACACGGGCUCCUUUAAAAAGCCACCACUGCGACGGCCUCAGAGCGUCAUCGGAGGAGGUCUGGGCUCUCUUAUGGUCAUGCCUCGCAACGGCAGCCGCCUCGAUAUCGUCCAUGAGAACCUGAAGAUGGGGUCAGACGGGGAGAGCGACCAGGCGUCGGGGACUUCCUCUGAUGAGGUGCAGUCGCCUACGGGUGUUUGUCUGAGGAACAGAGGGAACAGACGCAUCUCAGCAGAGGACCUGAAUAAAAGACUGUCCCUGCCGGCUGACAUUCGGAUACCUGAUGGUUACCUGGAGAAGCUUCAGCUGAGCAGCCCCCCCUUCGACCAGCCGCUAAGCCGACGUUCCCGCAGAGCAUCACUGUCAGAAAUUGGAUUUGGGAAGCUGGAGACCUACAUCAAACUGGACAAACUGGGGGAGGGCACGUACGCCACAGUUUUCAAGGGGAGGAGUAAGCUGACGGACAACCUUGUGGCGCUGAAGGAGAUCAGACUAGAGCACGAGGAGGGGGCGCCGUGCACAGCUAUCAGAGAAGUGUCGUUACUGAAGGACCUGAAACACGCCAACAUCGUGACGCUGCACGACAUCGUCCACACAGACAAGUCGCUCACGCUGGUCUUCGAGUACCUGGACAAAGACCUCAAGCAAUACAUGGACGACUGCGGGAACAUCCUGAGCAUGCAGAAUGUCAAGAUUUUUCUGUUCCAGAUCCUGCGAGGCUUAGCAUACUGUCACAGGCGGAAGGUUCUCCACAGAGACCUGAAGCCCCAGAAUCUUCUCAUCAACGACAGAGGAGAGCUCAAACUGGCUGACUUUGGUCUGGCGAGGGCCAAGUCUGUGCCCACCAAAACAUACUCUAAUGAGGUGGUAACGCUUUGGUAUCGGCCUCCCGACGUGCUGCUGGGCUCCUCUGAGUACUCCACACAGAUAGACAUGUGGGGUGUGGGCUGUAUAUUUUAUGAGAUGGCUGCCGGCAGGCCCCUGUUCCCAGGCUCCACAGUGGAGGACGAGCUGCACCUCAUCUUCAGACUGCUAGGCACUCCCACAGAGGACAGCUGGCCUGGAAUAUCCUCUAUCGACGAGUUCAAGUCCUACAAGUUCCCCAAGUACAAGGCUCAGCCUCUCAUUAACCAUGCACCCAGGUUGGACACUGAUGGCAUUGACCUGCUGAUGUCAUUCCUAAAAUACGAGUCGAAAAAGAGGAUCUCUGCCGAUGAAGCAAUGAGACAGCCGUACUUCAGGAGCCUGGGGCCACGUGUGCACACGCUGCCAGAGAACAUAUCCAUAUUCACACUGAAGGAGGUCCAGCUGCAGAGGGAUCCCGGCUACCGGAACUCAUCGUACCCUGAGUCAGGCAACGGAAAGAGCAGAAGACAAAGCAUGCUGUUUUAGAUUCUCUGAACUGAAUUUUUUUUUUAAUUCGGGAAAGUUCUCCUCGCUGUACAGUCUCACCGAUGGAUCAGUAACCUGAGAUGGAUGUUGGCGUCUUCAUCUUCAUCAUCACUCCCCUCAAACUACUUGGGAAACCUGUGUCCGCCGUGAGACCGACCCCCUUUCCAGGUUUUUCCUGGCCCAAAAGAGACAUUUAUAUACUGUACAUCUAUAUUUAUUGAGAAGAGAAUUUGCUGCUAAAUACAACUACUGUCUAGAAUUCUAACUGGCUCAGUCACUUUAAUGAGUACAUGCAAUGUGUAUAGAUUUUUAAUUUUCUUUCAUUGUUUUCUUUUUUGAAGUGGUGGUAUUUUUAGUGUUUUUUUUUUUUGUCAUUAUUUCCAUUUUCAUAUGUAAAAAGCUCCACCUCAAAACUCCUCUGUGUGUGUGUGUGUGUGUUUGUGUGCGCGCGCGUGUGUGUGCAUGUGUGUGUGUUAAGCACACAGACAAACAGGGAUGUUUCUGUAGCAACUCAGAAGGGUUUGAUUUUCUGUCUCUGUUGCCACGGCGCUGUUCUCAGCUGCGCCCAUCGUUCGUGACCAUUUGCUCUGAAGGUUUUUGAGGCCAGCUUCAACCGAAUGGAUAAUUCAAUCCUAACUGGAGGCUAAUGCGAGAGCUGUGCUGCCAAGCUUUGUGCAAAAGAAGAUCACAUUCUUGUCAGAUGCUGGCAUAUCAUUCCAAGAUGCUGUGGUCUCCGUUGUGACCAAUGAACAAACGCAGGGAGGGAAAGGCAACACAGAAUUAUUAACAAGGGCAUUACAGGAUCAGUUAUGCCUCUGAAAUUCUUCAGAAAGUGUUGUGACUACGGUGAACAAGCUUCUCAUCCUCUUUUCCACCUCAGUGUGACUCUUUGUCUCCUCCAGUCUGUUGAAAAGAGAAGGUGCAAAGUGAGUUCCUGGUGUGUUGAAAGCUGCCUUUGUGCAUCACAGAUGUGUUUCUGCCAUUCCCAUCUCCCGUCAGCUGUAAAAAAUUUAUUCUUUUCUUUUUUUUUUUUUUUUUUCUGGAUUGCCUCCAUCAUAGUGUUGCAUGCCUGCUCUGUUGUAAGGAAGCACACAGCCACUCCUGAUACAGGGAGCACUUGCGAUAGUCCUGCCCCUAGUGAAUAUAAUACUGAGUCACAGUCUAUUUAACAGUGUUACAAGAGAUGUUUUGUAUGAUAUUCUUUAACUUUAUUUGUGGAUAAUUGUUACUGGUGUGGGAUUUAAUUGCAGAUGCCCUCCUAUAUUUGAGCUUUUUUUUUUCCAGAGACAAGAAAAUAAAAUCUAAAGUUUAAAUAAAAACCACAUAAAUUGGUUUGGAUUUUUCCUUCAUCUGUACAUUUUGUUUUAGAUACUGUUUGGAAGUUUUUUGUUUUUUUUUUUAAAUUUAAGGCACCAUAUGAUCAAGCAUUCAAUGCUUUGUUUAUUGAAAAUGACGAGACAUUCAUCACAAUACAAAAUUAUACAGAAUACAAACUGUAUACCAAGUCCAGAAUAAAAAAAAAAAAAAAAAAAAAAA